AUGCGAGCGGGUGGCGGCGGCACCCAGCGAGAGAGAGAGCGCUCGGACGGGCCCCCGGGGGCGGGCAGCGAGGCUCCGGCUCGCUGCCUCAGGGCCGGACGCACCGAGGUGGAGGCCGACCUGCCUGCGGAGGCCGCCCCGCGACGCGGGGUGGGUCGCAAGGACCGCAGGGGUGUCGAGAUGGCGAUGUCCAACGAGGCGGCGGCGGAGGGCUUCCAGAACUUCGGAGACGAGAACCUCCAGGAGAUCGCGGCGGCCCGCACGCUGCUGGCCGAGCUGCGCGCCGGCACCGGGGAGCGGCGGCGCCUUGCGGCGGAGCGGGUCGAGACAGCCUGCGAGAAGCGCUUCGGCGACCUCCGCGAGCAGAUGCUCGAGCAGGAGACUGCGCAGCGCGCGGAGGCGGGCGCCGCGCGCUGCGUCGGUGCCGCCGCCCUGGAGCUGCUCUCGAAGUGCGCUGGCGCCCUGCCGCUCCCCCGGCCGCCUGCCAGCGGGCGGGAGACGCCACCCCGCCGGGGCGCGCCAGCUACAGCGCCGACGGCAGCGAGGAGUUCCCCCACGAGCUCCUCGCCACCGCCGAGCGAGCGCUGGGGGACAUGCCGCCCUCCGCGGAGGCGUGCGCGGUGCUGCAGGGCCUGCUGGCCCUGGCCGAGGACGAGCUGCGGGCCACGCGCGAUCGGCUGGCCCGCAUGGAGGAGCGGCGCACCACUGGACCCAGAGGAGCCCGUCGAGCCCGAGCAGCCCGUGCCGCCGGGGCCCGCGGCCCGCGUGGCGUCGGGGAAGGUGGCGUCGCAGUGGCGGAGGAAGCCCGCGAACUAG